AUGACUUCUAUGGAUGAUUCAAAGCGUUCAUUAGUGGUUAUGGCUGAUUCAAGAGUUCGCAAGAAUGCAACAGAACCAAUCAAUACAUACUCAUUCAUUCGCGGAAGUUACGAUUCAACAUUAACCAGAACAGUGAAUGAUAUAUUAAAUGAUUUGAAUAUUAAGGUAAGAGUUGAACAAAAGAGCGAAGAAAUAAAGACUAUCAUGAAUGAAAACAAAGAUGAAAACAUUGACGAUAAACUUGCCCAGAGCAUAGUUGAUGGCAUCAGUGAUUUUGAAGUACAUAAUGACGGUGGAAACAUGAAUUUAGAAAAAGAAAUAACAUUAUUCACACUGUUUCAAGCAAUUAAUUCGUUACCUAAUCAUUUAAUUAAUGAAGCAUACGAUAACGUUUAUAACUUCUGCAUUUUAACUGAAAAUGCAAAAAGUAAUUUUGAAAAAGCACGUAGUAGAUAUGCACAUUUAAUGACUUCUCCAUUUGUUUUAGUGAAGAUUCUAAAACUUUAUCAAAAGGAAUAUUAUGAUGAAUAUGUUUUACCUUUAUUACGUAAGCCAAAAAUAACAUUUGAUAUAAAACUUGAUGACUCGUUUUUGAUAACAGAUAUUAGACGUAAAGCUGAAAAUCAUCAGUAUAAAAACAGUUCUGAAGUAAUUGAGGAUUUAUCACGUGUAAUCCGUUUUGUAGAUUGUGGAAAUAAAUAUUUCAUUCAGAAAGAUUACAACAUACACGACAAAAUGAAUCAAAUAUCAUUCGUUCUUCAGUCAAACAUGAAAGAGUCACUCAAAAUGAUUAAAUUAUUUAAAGAAGAAGGUAAAACCAUAACAGCAUGGGAUGUACUACUAAAUCAAUUGUCUUCAUUAACCGUUAAGGGU